GUGCUCAGAUGGCGCACCCGGACGGACGUGCCCAAGUGGAAGCAGGCAGACCGUUUCUUUCGAGCUCUCGAUCAAGAUCAACAGCGGAAGUUGAAAGAUAUCGACGACGACGCGCUGACUGGAUCGCGAGGUAUCGACGAGAUUAUCGCCCGCUCGGACCUCCUGGCGGACGAGAGGCACGGUGGCGAGAGAUGGAAGUUUGCCAGAGAGUAUGUGGUGGGCUACAUUCGCAAGCAGGGUGAUAACCACACCGAAUACUGCGCGAGAGUCGACCCCAGCUUCGGCAAG